GAAUGGUCCUCACUCUAUCCAAAGCCACGGCAGGUGUAGGGCGUCUGGGCUUGCACACCGGGAAAAUGACGAUUCGGCCACUUUUCGCCGUCCUGCUGGUAGCGGUUGCCUUCGCAGCCGGCGCCGAAGAGGUCAAGGAAGAUGAGGGCGUCCUCGUUUUAACUAAGGCCAAUUUCCAAGAAGUCAUUUCCAGCAACGAAUUUAUCCUCGUCGAGUUCUAUGCUCCCUGGUGUGGCCACUGCAAAGCCCUUGCCCCUGAAUAUGCCAAAGCAGCCCAGAAAUUGGCUGAGAGCGGCUCUGCCAUCAAGCUUGGAAAGGUUGACGCUACAGAGGAGCAAGAGCUGGCUGAGGGCCAUGGUGUCCGUGGUUACCCCACCCUUAAGUUCUUCCGUAACGGCAACCCCACUGAGUACAAUGGUGGCCGUACUGCUGAUGAGAUUGUCAACUGGCUGAACAAGAAGACUGGUCCUCCUGCCAAGGCCCUCGCCACUGUGGAGGAGGCCAAGGAAUUCGUUGAGAAGGCUGCUAGUGUGGCUGUCAUUGGCUUCUUCAAGGACCAGACCUCUGAUGCUGCCAAGGUCUUCCUCAAUGUUGCCGCCAUGGUUGAUGACUAUCCCUUUGGUAUCACCUCUGCUGACGAUGUCUUUGCUGAGUACAAGGUUGAGGAUGGCAAGGUUGUCCUGUUCAAGAAGUUCGAUGAGGGCCGUGCUGACUUUGAGGGUGAACUAAAGGAGGAUGUCCUGAAGAAGUUUGUUUCUUCCAAUGCCCUGCCCCUUGUCGUUGAGUUCAACCACGAGACUGCCCAAAAGAUCUUUGGAGGUGAAAUCAAGUCCCAUCUGCUCAUGUUCCUGUCCAAGGAAGCUGGACACUUUGAUCAGCAUUUGGAGAGUGCUCGCUCUGUUGCCAAGAGCUUCAGGGAACAGCUCCUGUUCGUUACCAUCAAUGCUGAUGAAGAGGACCACGACCGUAUCCUGGACUUCUUUGGCAUGAAGAAAGCUGAGGUUCCUGCCAUGCGUCUUAUCCGAUUGGAGGAGGACAUGGCCAAGUACAAGCCUGCUGACCCCAAGCUUGAUGCUGACAACAUUCGCUCAUUUGUCCAGAGCUUCCUUGAUGGCAAGCUGAAGCAACACCUGCUGUCUCAGGACCUUCCUGAGGAUUGGGAUAAGAACCCUGUCAAGACCCUGGUCUCAUCCAACUUCGAUGAGGUUGCUUUUGAUAAGGAAAAGGAUGUGCUGGUUGAGUUCUAUGCUCCCUGGUGCGGCCACUGCAAGCAGCUUGCUCCCAUUUAUGACCAGCUUGGUGAGAAGUUCAAGGACAAUUCUGCCAUUGUUAUUGCCAAGAUGGAUGCCACCAUCAACGAACUGGAGCACACCAAGAUCCCCUCAUUCCCUACAUUGAAGCUGUACGCUAAGGGUGACAAUAAGGUCAUUGAGUACAAUGGCGAGCGCACUCUGGAGGGUCUCUCUAAGUUCUUGGAAACCGGAGGUGCCUACGGCCAGGCUGCCCCUGAAGAAGCGGAAGAUGUGGAUGAAGAUGAUGACCAGCCAAAGAAGGAUGAGCUGUAAAUUUAUUUUAAAACACACUGAAAGAACCUGAAUUUUUACUGUGUUACCAUGUACACUCAAAUGUACCUGGGAACAUUCAGCCAAAUGUGAAAAAGAAGCGUGAUAAGGGUAGAAUGUUAUUGUGACAGAAGAAAUUUUAUUGAACUGCUUAUUUCUGCUUCCUCAUGGAAGUGGAAUUUGUUUUGGUUGUGAGCGGGAUUUCUUGAGUUUGUCAAUGGGCAAAGUUCAGUCUUCCUUUUCACCCUCAAGAUGAGUGUGAUUGUGUGAGCUAGGUGCGUUCCAUUAGUCACAAGGUGUUCCAUGAUUAUUUUUUUUUCAAAUUAGAACUUGUAGUCACAAGGUGUUCCAUUAUUAUUUUUCAAAUUAGAACUUGUAACUACCUUGACUAAUUGUACCUUCUGCAUUUCUCAUUCUAUAUACAUGUUGUUGAUAGCAUUUAUCAAAGUUAAGAUCUUUGUAGCUGUGAGACUGGAUUUUUUAAAAGUAAUUUUCAGUAUUUCAGUGAAGUCUCUUGUCAGUUGUUACAUGUGUUCCUCUUCAAUCAGUACUUGUGACUUGUGUGGAAAGCCAGCUGCUUUUUUUAAUUUUAAAUUAUUCUAGUUUUAGUGUACAGUUAUUUUUCUGUACAAAACUUAUCCUCUUUGCCCAUUCCUUCAUUGUCUUGCUUCGUAACUAGCUUCCUUUUGUACUUUGCUCUCACUCCAUCAACUUGCCUUAAUUAUAUUAGUUUCCUGUCCAUUUA